AUGUCGAUUGUUUCUUUGCUCGGCAUCAAAGUGCUGAACAACCCUGCUAAGUUCACUGACCCCUACGAGUUCGAGAUCACGUUCGAGUGCCUCGAGUCCCUCAAGAACGACCUCGAGUGGAAAUUGACAUAUGUAAGGUCCUCUAGGUCGCUGGACCACGACCAGGAACUGGACUCGAUCCUCGUGGGGCCUGUCCCCGUGGGUGUCAACAAGUUUGUGUUUUCAGCGGACCCACCGUCCGCUGAACUGAUCCCUGCCAGUGAACUGGUGAGCGUCACUGUGAUACUGCUCAGUUGCUCCUACGACGGUAGAGAGUUUGUUAGGGUAGGGUACUAUGUCAACAACGAGUACGAUGACGAGGAGUUGAGGGAGAACCCACCGGCGAAAGUACAAGUGGAUCAUAUCGUGAGAAAUAUACUCGCUGAGAAGCCAAGGGUCACUAGAUUCAAUAUUGUUUGGGAUAACGAAAAUGAGGCAGAUAUAUAUCCUCCAGAACAACCGGGCGUGGAUGAGGAAGACGUGGAGGAGGACGAGGUGGUAGACGACGACGAUGACGCUGCAGAGGAGGAAGAUGAUGAAGAUGAUGAUGUGGAGGCGGCGGGAGAGACAGAGCCUGUUGGUGUAGCGGAGAGUGCGGAAGCAGAAGACGAUGAUGACGAUGGAGAGGACGUAGAAGAGGAUAUAGAGGAAGAGGAGGAGGAAGACGACGACGAAGGUGAGGAUAUCGAGGACAGCGACGCAGAUGACGACGAGGAUGAGACACAGGGCGGCGCCAAAAGGAGACGGAUUGAAAGAGAUACACCAAUAGAUACACCCCCUACGCCGCGGGAUGCAAGCUCGCCCGCAACGUGA